AUCAUUUUGCUAAGCCAUACACACAACUCAAAGCUCCAGAUAGCCAAAACUAAAAAAAUAAGCCAAAAAGAAGAAUGAAGGUCUCUGCUCUAAUCCUUACAACUCCAAAGCCCCUCCCCCAUAUUCAAAGCCUUCAUCCUACAAUCUCCUUCUCCUCCUGCAAUUCCAAACCCACUUGUUCUUGUUCAUCUUCUUCACCGUCCACAGCUGAAAACAAUGCAAAGGUGUCUUGGGCUUCAAAAUUUGUGACCAAGAAGAGUGUUUUGGAUGUGGGUUUUGGGCUUUUAGCAGCUUCACUUGUGGCAUUGUCACCUCUGGAAGCUAAUGCCACAAGAAUUGAAUACUACGCCACUGUGGGGGAGCCUUUGUGUGAAUUGAACUUUGUUCGUUCUGGGCUUGGCUUCUGUGAUGUUUCAGUGGGUUCUGGUGUGGACGCUCCUCGUGGUGAGCUCAUCAACGUUCACUACACCGCAAGAUUUGCUGAUGGGACAGUCUUUGACAGCAGCUACAAACGUGGCAGACCUCUGACUAUGCGUAUUGGUGUUGGCAAGGUCAUUAGAGGAUUGGAUCAAGGAAUUUAUGGGGGUGAUGGUGUGCCUCCAAUGCAAGUAGGGGGAAAACGUAAGCUCCACAUUCCUUCACAUUUAGCAUAUGGACCAGAACCUGCAGGAUGCUUCUCAGGUGACUGCAAUAUACCCGGCAAUGCUACUCUUGUCUACGAUAUUAAUUUUGUCGGUAUCUACUCGGGAAAUAGGCCAUUGCCAGCAAAUAGAUAGGAAACUCAGAUCAAGUGCAUCUCCUGACUUUCCUGAAACUCAAAGCUUCCACUGUUAAAUACAAGUUGAGACAGGACUCCUCAAGCAUGCAUAUAUGAGAGCACCUUCUUUUUGUACGCUUGGCUUGCUAACCGGAGAUCUCUCCCUGAAUAAAGUCGGUAUAGCUCCCGCCUAUUUCAUUCUACAUUCUACCUUACAUUUUUUAUGUAUAUAGCAUUACCUCUAUGGACCACAUGAAGAUUACUAUUAAUGAACAUACUUAUCUUCUGUAAUUUAAACACUUUCAAAAAAAACUACUUGUCCCUGAUUUGAAUGCU